AUGGCGGUGGCUAAGAAAGCAUUACAAAUACGACUGCCACCAUUACCAAGUAUCAAAGAUGUCAUUAGGCUUUACAAAUUGCGCGCACUUAGGGAACUAUCGCAAAAUUUUUUAAUGGAACCGAGAUUAAUCGAUAAAAUAGUACGUGCCGCUGGACAUAUAGAAGGGAAUGUCGUGUGUGAAGUCGGGCCAGGCCCUGGUGGUAUUACUAGGUCCAUCAUCAACCAAGCGCCGCGGAAAGUCAUACUUAUUGAAAAAGACCCCCGUUUCAUCCCAUCUUUGGAACUCCUCGCUGAUGCAUGUAAGGAUAAAGUGGAUGUAGAUAUUAUAACAGGUGAUAUACUAAAGACAGACAUAGCUCAAUUUAUUCCCUCAGAUGUUAAAACUGAUUGGAUGGAAUCACCCCCACCUGUUAAUUUGAUUGGUAACUUACCAUUUAGUGUGUCAACAAUAUUAAUCAUACGCUGGUUAGAAAUGAUUUCAAGGAAAGAAGGACCAUGGGCUUUUGGGCGAACAAGAAUGACCCUGACAUUUCAGAAAGAAGUAGCAGAGAGAAUGGUGGCACGUAUCUUGGAUAAACAGCGGUGUAGACUCUCUGUUAUGUGCCAGACUUGGUGCAAUGUUAACUAUAAAUUUGAUAUAUCUGGUGCAGCUUUCCUUCCCAAGCCUGAUGUUGAUGUCGGUGUAGUCACUUUAACACCUAUAAAAAAGCCAUUAACAAACUUGCCCUUCAAAAUGUAUGAGAAAGUUGUCCGUCAAAUAUUUUCAAUGAGGCAAAAGUAUUCCAUAAGAGGUGCAGAAACAUUAUUUCCAGAAGAUGUUCGUAAAGAGUUUGCUUUAAAGAUGUAUAAAAUGGCUGAUAUAGACCCAGUAACUCGGCCUUUCCAAAUUACUAAUACUGAAUUUACUAGAAUCUGUGAAGCAUAUAAUGAGAUCAUUAAGAUAUAUCCGGAAUUUGAAAAUUAUGAUAACAGAGCACCAAAAGCAAAAAUACAAGUAGAUGACGCAAAAGAUGAGGUUAAAAAUAAAUAAUAUUUAUUUGUAAAUAUAGAUGAUAGCUUUUAUGGGGUAAAUAAAUAUUACUGAAAUUAAACAAUCUUUUAAUCAUAA